AUGGGGUCACUCGCCUCGCCUGCGUUGUCCAUCAAGCUCAAGCCGUCUCUCGAGUCCAACGACAACGGCAUUGCCCUUCUCUGCAGUAUAUUCGCAGUGACCCUCAAUCUCAACGCAACGAGACCCACCAACAAUGAUAUCCGCGUCCAGGUCAAAGCAAAAGAUAUUGCAGUAGGCAACUUGCUUACUGAGAUUAAGGAGAGCCCGGAUAACACGCAAGCAUCGGAUGUUUGA